ACAGCGUUGAUUGUAGAAAAAUGGAUGAAGAUUUUUACUAUUUUUCUGCAUUCACAUCACGAAGCACGCACGAUGAGCAGCAAGAAGAAGACGCAGCAGCAGCCCGAAGGCCCCGUGCCCAUCGUGGCGGCUGGCCACAGCAAGAAAGUGCAGCUGGAGGAGGGCAAGACAUACUUCUGGUGCGCAUGCGGCCGGUCGCAGAACCAGCCGUUCUGCGAUGGCUCGCACAAGGGCACGGGCUUUGAGCCGCUCAAGUUUGUGGCGGAGAAGACCGAGGUCCGCGGCCUCUGCCAGUGCAAGUUCACCAAGAAGCCACCAUUCUGCGAUGGCAUGCACCGUGACCCGUCUGUGCUCAAGACGUACAACCAACAGCUGCUGCGGCGCAACAGCGAGUUGGUCGGGGAGGUUGCGGCCAUGAAGCGUCAGAUGCAGCUCCUCACCGCCGCUGUCGUCGCCAUCGCCGCCGGCGCCACUGCCUUUGCCUGGCACAGGAGCACGCGCUGAACCACACGCACAGCGCACUGCUGUUUGUCUGUGUAUGUGUGUGUGUCUGUCUGUGUGUGUGUGUGUCUGCGUGUGUGUGUGUCAGUGUGUGUCAGUGUGUGUGUCUGUCUGUGUGUGU